UUAUAACGACGUGUGUUGUAUUUCACACUGACUUUUUUGCCUUUAGUAAAUUUUCACACCUAUUUAGUCCGCUAUCGACGAUGUCUGCCGUCCUUCUUUCCGCCAUCGCCAGGGAAAGAGUGUCCCCUCCGAAAACUGUUCCUCCGCUUCCUCUACUGAAGCGCACGGGAACAUGCAGGAAUCUGUUUGGACCGGUGGAUCACGACGAGCUGAGGCAAGAGUUAACGUCCAAACUUCGCGAAAUAUCUGAACGAGAUCAGCUGAGGUGGAACUUUAACUUCGGAGAAGGACAGCCGCUGGAUGGGGAUUUACAUUGGGAGGAAAGUGGAGCGGAGGACUGUCCGCUGUUUUACAGAGAAAGCACAGCUGUUUCAAAGAGGCCUUUUGUAGACUUGCCCACGACAGAAAGAAUCACACAAGUUACCCCAAAAUGUGUGGGUCGUUCAAUGAAGAUGUUGAACCAGAAGAACCAGAAAAGGAAGUAUAACCGAAGGAAAUUAUCUCGCAAAACAGUCUCUCGCGUCCAGACCAAGAGGCUCACAGAUAUGCGCAUCACAGAUUUCUAUGGGAAGCGAAAGAAAACGGACAGUGUUCAUAAGGAAAGCGGAAACUAGGAAUAAAAAAUAAGUUAUUUAUUUAUUUUUUACAUUUUUUUUUCCCCUGUGCAAAUUCAAAUUCCUGAGCCAUGUUUGUCAUUGUUGUAGAGAAGUUCCUUUAAUAAAUGUGUACAUAUAAUCUUAA